UUAACGUCUUCUACUUCUUCGUUUACCUGAUUUGCCUGGAAUUGCGCGAAUUCCAAGAAUGCCCAUGCAUGUUUUGACUCACCAAACGUAGAUUAAUAACAUCGUGAUUGUUCGAUCAAUAUUCUUAAAACUAAUAAUAGAAUCGGUACUGCUAAUAGUGGUACCGUUGAAAACGAAUAUUACUUUAAUCAAGACGUGACUGAUGACUGAGGUGACGUUGAUGUGUAAAUUCGUAUGAGUGUUUUCUCCCUACGAGUCACUAGAAGCACUUUGUAUCUUCGUGGUGCUAUUUGGAAUUUGAAUAUACUUGCAGCUGACAUAAAGCAGCGUAAGAGCAUACAGUAAUAAUAGGAAGCACUAUAAAUCAUGGAACAGGAUAUAAAGGCAAAAAUUGACCAUGCCUGUCGUACGGCUGAAGAAUUCACAAAGCUAUAUUAUGAGAGUUUGGACAAGCGAAGAUAUUUGAUAUCAAGGUUAUAUCUAGACUCUGCUGUUUUAAUAUGGAAUGGUAAUGGUAUAGAGGGAAAAGACCAUAUACAAAAAUUUUGGAUAGACCUACCAUCUACGAACCAUACCAUCACUACUUUGGAUGCUCAGCCAAUUACUGGACCAGCAGUAGCAGACCAGUUAACAUUUCUAGUAAAAGUUAGCGGACAAGUAAAAUAUCAAGAAAAGUCAUCGAAACCUUUUAAUCAAAACUUCCUCAUAACGGCUGUUGGAGAUAAAUGGAAAAUAGUGAGUGACUGCUUUAGAGCUCAGGAGGCAUUGGACAAUAGCUAGUAUUUAUGAAUUAUUUAUGUAUUAUAUAUAUUUUUUAUAUCAGCUAUAACUCAAUCAUGAAAUAAAAUCUCUCUAUUAGAGAAAAUAAAUG